UGUGGUCUACGUGUUGUUUUGUAAUUUGCCGCUAAGAAAAUUCGAUUUUUAUGAAAUAAAAUUGGUCUUAAUACGUGUCCACUACAACAAUUUAUGACCUACAAUUUACACCUAGUUCAUUUUAUAGGUGGACAAGAUCACGUUUUGACAUAAAAUUAUUAAUUACUUCGUGUUUUUAUAGUGCAUAACAAUGUCUAAGGAUAGAAGUGAAUUUCGAUUCAUAUUUUAUGCUGGCGCUAUAUUUAUUUGUUACUUUAUAUUUGGUUUAUUACAAGAGAAAAUAACAAGGGGGAAAUAUGGGGAUAAUGAGCAAUUUACAUGUGCUUUGGCCCUCACUUUGGUACAGUGUAUCGUGAAUUACAUAUUCGCACAAAUUUUGAUGUUAUCCUGGAAGCAUGAUGUAGAUACUACAAGGAAAGUGUACUACUUCUCAUCAGCAAUGACAUACCUUCUAGCAAUGGUUUGUUCAAACAUGGCACUGCAAUGGCUUAACUAUCCAACACAGGUGGUGGGCAAAGCAGCCAAGCCAAUUCCAGUCAUGGUUCUUGGAGUGCUAAUUGGUAGGAAAUCCUAUCCACUGAAGAAGUACCUUUUUGUACUGCUAAUAGUUACCGGUGUGGUACUCUUUUUAUACAAGGAUCAGAGCAACAAAACUACUAACUCCCAGGGUUUUGGGCUAGGGGAAUUGCUAAUUAUCCUGUCUUUGACCAUGGAUGGCUUAACUGGCGCUGUACAGGAACGUAUCAAGCACGAGUCAUCUCCCAGUGCUUAUUCAAUGAUGUUGAACACAAAUUGGUGGUCAACAAUCAUAUUAUCUAUCGCUAUUGUGUUUAGCGGUGAAAUCUUCCAAUUUAUAACUUUUGUAACUAAGUACCCGGAGGUGUUGGUUUAUCUGACCGCAUUCGCACUCACCGGUGCUUUAGGACAGCUCUUCAUAUUUUUCAUGGUAUCAGAAUUUGGUCCCUUACCAUGUUCAGUGGUGACGACCACCAGGAAAUUCUUCACGGUUCUCGCAUCGGUCCUUGUAUUCGGUAAUGUCUUGGCUGGAAGACAGUGGUUUGGGGCCGUUUUGGUGUUUACUGGUCUCUUCUUGGACAUAUUUUACAGCAAAGGCAAGGCGCAGCCUCCAAAGCGUGUGGCUCAUAAGUGAUUUAAAACACACCUAUAUUUAUAUGUAUAAAAAACUGCAUAAGUAUAUAAUUUAUAUUUAUAUAAUAUACAAUUUUUUAAUUUGAUCACCUUGUCAAAAUCGACCAAAAUAUUGUCUUGCAUUUCCACUGAUCUCUGUUAGUUGGUUACAUAUUAUCAUCAUUCAUGAUAUAAGUGAUAAUUUGCUUAAUUUAAAUCAGUGAUUACUUACAUAUCCCAUAUUUUAUAUGAAAUACUUGUUUGUAAACUAUUUCAUAUUUGUUUACUUAAAUACAAUAUUUUUAUGUAAUAGAUAAAUCGGAUGUAGAUGUGAGUUAUUUUAGAAUUUUCUAUAAUAUACCUACAUAUUGUGUACAAUUUCCAAUUGGAAGAUUUUUCUCAUGUCUCAUUUUUUUAUCUAAUUAUAAAGUAUACUAAUUAUACAUCUAUACGAUUUAUACAUGCAGUAAUAACUGAAUGAAUUGGUAGCUUUUUGGUUAUUUGUUGGUAUUGUGUGAGACAAAACUUGCAUAGAUUUCCUUCCAGUAUAUGAGAUGAAUGUCAUAAACAUAUAUUUUUACACACAAUGAAGACAAAAAUAAUAAAAAGUAUUUGCUUUAUACAUAAUAUUUAUGAGUUUAUGAUCUGCUUAAAAUAUAAUGAAUAAAUUAUAUACUUUUAUAUAACAAUUAUUUAAUCCCAUGAACAGGCAGUUUGGUUUUAAUUACAAUUAAUAAGAAAAUUGUAUCUAAUACUGUAUUUUAUAAUAGAGUAUAACAAAGAAUAUUCUGUAUUUUAUAUUUAAAUUUAUAUAAUUAUUUUUAAAUUCACCAUGACAAACGUUGUUAUUAAUUAUUUUGCCUGUUACAUUACCUUUUAUUCUACGCAUUUUUUUGGUAUAAUUACGCGGUACGGCCGAAACGGGACUGAAUUUAAUUAUUCUAUUUUGCAAUAGAUAAAGAUUAUUCUUGUUUUAUUUUAAAUUUGGAUCAGAUUUUUGAUAUGUAAUACAUUUGUUUAUUUUUAUAGUAAAGCGGUACUUAAAAGUUUACUUAAUAGCCAACGAUUAUAGACUGUCCAUUAAACUUAUAAAUAUAUAGCAGAGCCGUAAGAGAAUGGUUACCGCAUUUUUAUGUUAAAUUUUAUUCCUUUGUUAAAUAUCUUAUAUCAUUUAUAUUUUAUAUACAUAAUCAGUAUACUGUUCUUUUAUUUAAGGUAAUACUUUUAUUUGGAUAGUCCAUAUUAAAAAGUAAAGCGGGCACAUAAAUAUAACACAUAAAACGAGGAAUAUAUUUAGUGAGAUGUGAGAAUGUGAGAACAGGAUAGUGAAAUGUGUUGUAAUAGUAAUUUUGUUUAAAUACAUAGUUUAAUAUAUUAAAUUAAUUGAUUUAAUGUAAUAAUGAUGUACGAAUAAAAAAGACUGUAUUUUAAUUGUAGUUUAUAUAAUUAGUACUUAUUCCAGAAAAUAUACUAAUUAUAUAAACUUAAAUAUGAUCAAUUACAAAAAUUCCAUCUAGGAUGGUAUGUGUAUGUAUACCAUAGACAUACCAUCUCUGUAUAAAUUAAUGAUUGUAUAGAAUUAUUGUACUAAACCAUAUACCAUCGACGACGUUUACCUCGAUUUUGUCUUCUAUAUACUUUUAUAGAUUAUUACGGAGAGUAGUAUUUAAGACUACUAUUUUUAAUAAACACAACAUUUUUUAUUUUAAAUCUAUUUGUUUACAAAUAUACCAAAAUCUAUGUAAUAAUGGAAUGUCCGACUAAUGGUUUGCAGAGACUUAUUUUGAUAGAUGGCUUAAUAAGUUUAUAUAAUAAAAAAGAAGCCCCUUACCAUCUAUAGUACAAAACCCAGAAAUUUAUUAAUUUUUAUAUGACUUCUAAGGACUUAUAGU